AUGGCCGCGAUGGGUGGGGACCAAAGGCAGAUGAUGGAGGGUGCGGCGGAGGACAAGUUCCCAGACGGGUUACGAGUCCUUGCCGUGGACGACGACUGCGUCUGCCUCAAGGUGCUAGACAACCUCUUGCACGGCUGCAAAUACCACCCAACGACUGUGACGGAUGCCAAGACGGCGCUGAAGAUCCUCAGGGCGGGGAAGGAGAAGUUUGAUGUGGUCAUCACCGACGUGCGCAUGCAGGACAUGGACAGCUUCAAGCUCCUCGAGCUCAUCCGCCUCGAGAUGGAUCUGCCCGUCAUCAUGCUAUCUGAAGAUUGCGACAAGACGGCUGUGACGAAGGGGAUAAAUCAUGGGGCGUGUGACUAUUUAGUGAAGCCAGUGCAUACCAACGAGCUAAAAAACAUAUGGCAGCAUGUUGAAAGAAAGAGAAAAUCCGAAGCAAUAAGGCACAUCAGUGGUGAUGAUGAUGACGAUCAGAGAGCACAGCUUGGGACUGCUGCCAAGAGCAAUGAUGGAGCUAAUAAUGAUGAGAACAAAGAGAACACACAGGCAUCCACUACCCAGAAGAAGCCAAAAGUGGGAUGGACAAUUGAGCUGCAUACAAAGUUUAUGGAAGCUAUCAACCAGAUCGGCCUUUAUAGGGCUACUCCAAAAAAGAUUCUAGAGAUGAUGAAUGUCGAUUUCCUCACUAGACAAAAUGUAUCGAGUCAUCUACAGAAGUAUAAAUUGUACUUGAAAAGAGUCAACCCAAACCCACUUGGUGAUUCAUGUGUAAGAUGGAACUCUUUCAUGAACACUCAGGAGAGUUUUAUGCAGAACCAUGAACAUGAAAGCUGGAGUGUGUCCUCAGGUGGCAUCGCCUCCUGGAGUCCCAACCAUUACGGUGAAGCGGGUCACUUAGGUCAGCAUACAAACACCCAGAGCAGUAUGUCCAUGGGUUCAUUAAUCAAUGGUGGUAGAAUGCCGGUGUAUUCGGUUCAACAGACACCCUAUAUGGGAAGAUUUUUUGGCUUCAAUGAGCACAUAGUUCCAUUCAUCAUACCUGGCAACCCAAGCUCUAUAUUGAUGUUGAAUGCAAACGACAGUGUUCCAAUGGCACCACCUCAGUUCGUUUACAGCGACCCCAUCACUACCUUAGUGGUAGGCUUCGGUGAGCACAUGGCGCCAUUAAACAUAGAAAGCAACAUGGGCUCGGUUGGAAUGAUGUUAAAUGGCAGGUCUGCACAUGGUACAGGAAGAACUUCAGUGGCAGAGACUGAUAUGGUUAACUACGGAAGAACUAGUUCUGCACUUUCCAACCAUCAAACAGAUGGUUUCGUCCCAUUGACCCAGAUGCAUGAUGUCGGUGAUGCAUCUGGCAUUCUCCAUGUGCAAGAAGGAACAAUGGAUCAGCAAGCGCUUGGUGGUCAACUGAAUGGCAUCAAUGCCUUGUCAUCGGUUGGUAUUUCCAACCUUCUCAAUGAAGAUUUCAUUGGAGAAGAGGCUGUCAUGGAUGGAUAA